AUGAAGAAAAGUGCUAUCAGAGAGUAAUCCAUUAUGUCAAUAAUAGAGAUUUAGUUAAUGAAGCAGCUUACUCCUUAAAAAAUAGCUUAAUACAAAUAAGAUGGAUAUGCAGUAUUCUAAGAAAUCUAUGAUGAAGAUAGCAUUAAUGAAGUAAAGAAUAGAAUGAGAGAAAUAGUUGAGACAAUUGAUGUGAAUAAAGAGAGAGACAUUGCAGUAUUUUCGGCUGAUGACGCUACUUAAUAAUAAAGAGACGAAUACUUCCUCAAUAGCGCCUGGCAGAAAGAUGCUUUAGAUAAUGAUGGUAACUUGAUAGUUCCCAAGCAAGAGGCAUUCAACAAAGUAGGUCACAACAUGCAUGAUCUUGACCCUGUAUUCGAAAAACUAUCUUAUUCAAAGGUGUCCAGAACACUAUUAUUCAAACUUAUGGAAUUCAAGCAGCCUUUAAUUAACUCAAGAAUAGGUGGAGAAGUAGAUGCCCACAAAGAUAACUCAUUUUUACUGACAACUCCUUUGACUUGCCAAGGUAUCUGGUUGGGAUUAGACAGUGCUUCAAAGGAUAAUGGCUGUCUUUGGGGUGUUCCAGGCUCCCAUAGAGAGAAACCUUUUAACUAUUUAAGAUAAGCUAUCAAUGAAAAGACAGGUGGAAAGACGACUCAUAUGGUUCCAAAGGUCCCUGAGAAAUAAUACUCGAUUGAGGGAGCAGUGCCCCUUGAAACAUCAGCAGGUGCUAUUGUAGUCUUGCAUGGAAACUUCUUACAUUUCUCUCAUAAAAACACUAGCAAUAUCCAAAGACACGCCUACACUCUUCACAUUGUUGAAGGGUCCCCAGAGAUCAAAUAUGAUGAGGACAAUUGGAUCCAAAGGCCAGCUGAUAUGCCCUUUAAAAGAGUCGAGAAUGAUUUAUGA